AUGGGGCUUCGGCAAGGAUGCCCGCUAUCCCCGUACCUGUUCAUCAUUUGUUCUGAUGUCUUGUCUCGAUCAUUUUGGGCUGUGUGUGCCGCCGGAGAGUUGGAGGCUUACGUCCCAGCUCUAGGGGCCCAGCCGAUAUCACAUUUACUUUUUGCCGAUGACUGCCUCCUCCUGACGCGUGCCCGCGUAGCAGACGCCCAAGCUAUUAGGCGGGCUUUGGCCGCCUAUUGCUAUGCAUUCGGUCAGAGAGUGAAUGCCCAGAAAUUCUCCAUCUCCUUUAGCCCGAGUUCGCCACCCGGGGUUCAACGUGAGAUUCGGAGGAUUCUGGAGAUGCCUGAGCAGGACGGGACCUGGACAUACCUGGGUGUUCCGAUCACAGGUAGGAGACUGCGUGUAUCUGAGUGCUCCGGGAUGGUGCAACGAGUCCAGAGUAGGUUAGAGGGCUGGCGAGCAACGUCUCUAUCUAUGAUGGGCAGAGUUUUGCUGAUUAGAUCUGUUUUGGGAUCUAUGCCUAUCUAUCUCAUGACCAACACGGUGGUACCAAGAUCAGCCCUACUGAAGAUCGAGCGACUGAUUCGGAGCUUUUUAUGGGGCUCGCUUGGUGGGGACCGUGGGGUGCACCUGGUGGCAUGGGAGAGUAUUUGCCUCCCUCUCAGGGAGGGUGGCCUUGGGGUGUUGUCUCUCCUGGAGAGACGAGAGCUGCUCCUCGCCCGGCAUGCUUCCCGCCUUAUCCUGGAGCCGCAGGGCUUCUGGAGCCGGAUCAUGACUGCCCGCUAUGGGGGGGUAGGCCUGGAGGGCGGGGUUCGAGGAGGGCGGAGAUGUUCCUUUUUAUGGCGUGAGAUAGCGAGAUAUGUGCCCAUGGUGUCGGAUCACACCCGAUGGCUAAUAGGCGAUGGCCGCAGCAUCGAUGUGACCAGGGACCCAUGGGUUGAUGGCCUCCUCUUGUGCCGUUGGCCGACUACUGUUAGUGUCGAGGCUGGGGAGGGUUUACAGGUCUGUGAUCUUAUGACCCCCGGGAAGGCCGACUGGGACGAGAUUCGAUUAGCCCGUUUCUUCGGGGAGCAUCUGGCGGAGCGGGUUCGCUCCCUCCCUCUGCCACAGAGCGGUGGACCAGAUGUACGAGUAUGGAGUUCCUCGACCAGUCCCAGAAUCAUGAUGGGCGUCCUUUCCCGCAUUCUUAGGCAGGAGUACGAGCCUGGUCCUGAUUGUGCCUGGAUCUGGCGACUGGGCCUCCUCCCGAGGGUUGCGUUGUUCCUUUGGAAGGUGGUCUGGGACCGUCUUCCAACGAGAGCAGUAUUUGGUGGACGAGGAUUGAGGAUCCCCCUAGAGUGUGGGGUUUGCGGUGUGGCCGAGACGGUCGACCAUGCCUUGUUUCGGUGCUCAUGGGCGAGGGACACUUGGCGUCUGGCUGGGGUUCCGCAGCCGGUGUGGAGCUGUAGGGACCAGUUCUUACAGGCCAUGCACCAGGGCUCGGAGUCCCCGGCGCUUCGUCAGGAGGUGAUUCGAGCGAGCUGUACUGCCUACCAGAUCUGGUUGGCCAGGAACGCCCGUAUAUUCGGUGAACGAUAUAUGUCACCGAGAUUUGUGGUCGAGAGUGCCUGUAGUCAGGCGGCAGAGAUGUGUCACACCUCCACCACCGGAGGGACCUUGACAGCUCGGGACAUCUGGGGCUCCCACCUUGCUUCGGCAGUAUCCCACAUGGUUAGGUCUAUCAUCCUAGAGGGUGAUUCAGCCACCGUUAUCAGUUGGAUCCGAGAGGGUCCUAGAGGUGACGACUGUGACCACCCAUUGCUUCGUGACAUAUGGACCAUGGUGAGGGAUGGAUGGGCCUUUCAGGCUAAGCAUAUCUACCGUGAAGCCAAUGGUGCUGCGGAUUGGGUGGUUGCAUAUGUAGCUCGCCAUUCCGGACACACCUUGUGGACUGGAGAUGGGGAGCUACCUUUGGCACUCCGAGGCCAAAUUACUUGCAAUGUUUUCUUGGACAAGAAGAAAAAUAUAUCAGCCAUGUUUGAAAUAGGUGUUGAUGCCAAAAUCCCUACCGGCGAAGGUGGAGGUUUGGAGAGCAUUGGUGAACUCAUAUUCAUGGAGAAAGAAGUAUAA